AUGUCAAGAAAAACAAGAGCAUUAACGAAGGUCUUUCAUUCGGUGAACAAAUUCUGUUACAUUUUUGGCCUGCCGAACUAUUCGAAGGAUAAUAAUAUAAACAUGCCCCAAAUUCUGAUCCGCUAUAACUCCUUAUACGUUAAAUUUAUUAACGCACUUUUAAUUUGGUUUGUAGGGAUGGAGUGCAGUUCAUUUUUUACCCAAAAGGACUUAUCUAACAAACAGUACAACGAUAUGUUGACCUUAGGAUUAUCACACAUUAUCAUUUUUUUCGAAUACAUAAAUUUGUAUUACAAAAGGCGGGAAAUAAGGGACAUCAUUGAGGAUUUGACGGUAACCCUGAAGGCGGUUCAUCAUGACAGGGAGGUGGAAGCGGCGACACUGCGUCAGUCGCGGGUGUAUAGUGCAAUGUUUGUUGUGCUGUGUUCGUCAGCUCUGGUGUCCUAUGGUUUGGAGGCUUUUGUACUGGUAAUGAGGAAUGAGGGUACUUUCACAACGGUAGUGACCGCGUGGCCGGACGUCAGCGACGGCAGCCCAGCGGCGGGAGCUGCUAGAAUGCUGUUCUAUAUCUUGUGGUGGAUAUUCAUGCUGCGCUGCAUGGCAUUCUAUCUGGUCGUAAUCCUCCCCACGAUUUACCUGAGCGAUCAAUACCGAAACGUACAGAGCUAUUUCACAGAAUUGGUGAAAAUAUUCGAGCAGGAGGGCGCCAGCAGUGAGACGAAGCAAAUGCAGUAUGAGGAUGCAUUGAAAGUGGGGAUUCAACUUCACAUGGAUACGUUAAGGUGUACCAAAAAGUGCCAGUCAUCGUUCAAAAUGGUGUACAGCGCACAGAUAAUUAUCAACAUUGGCACCUUGGCGCUGGUCAUGAUCCGCAUGAUGACAUCGGAACAUACCCUGAUGAAUGCUGUAGCCACCGGGAUUAUGGGGAGCGCCAUCCUCACUAGCACGGGAAUCUUCAUGUGGAACCUUGGAGACGUCACAGUUGAGGCUUCAAAAGUAUCACAAGCGAUGUAUUGUUCGGGCUGGGAGAAUUGUGUCGGGACUUCCUCGUGUCGUGUGAGGAAACUGCUCCGUUUUGGCAUGAUGCAGGCCCAGGUACCAGUUAUUAUAAGAGGCCUCGGAGUUAUCGAGCUGUCGUACACCUCCUACGUUUCGAUUGUGAAAACUUCGUACAGCAUUGUAUCAGUUUUUUAUUAG